UUAAUAUUAGCUUUCUUUUCCGGUUGGCGUGCCUACCAUAAGUUUUUAGGAUGUUGAUGCCUCAGAAAAACCGUGUUGCAAUCUAUGAACAUCUUUUCAAAGAAGGUGUCAUGGUUGCCAAAAAAGACUUCCAUGCACCAAAACACCCUGAAUUAGAAGCCGUCCCAAAUCUGCAAGUAAUAAAGGCUAUGCAGAGCUUGAAAUCUCGAGGAUAUGUCAAUGAGCAGUUUGCUUGGCGCCAUUUCUACUGGUACCUAACAAAUGAAGGAAUUAGGUAUCUUCGAGAUUACCUGCACUUGCCUCCUGAAAUUGUCCCAUCAAUUAGUUGUAACAAACAUUAUGUGAAUAUUUAUUUGUGGAAUGUUCCUCCCCAUGAAAUUAAGCCAUAUCUGAGGUGGGACUCCACUACAGCAUAG